AUGUACACCAUGUCGACACAUCAAGCAUCGCGAACGCUGCUCCGACGCGCCUUUCAAACCUCGCAACGUGCGAUCCGGGAGCGAGAGGCGACCGGGUUCAUCAACAACAACCGCAGGUCCAUCCAUUACAUCCGCACAGUCUCUGCCAUCACACCGUCAGAGAGCCGUCGCAGGCCGACGCUGCGACCGAGUAGCCAGCCGCUGGGGAUUCCGAAAAUCAACGAGCCGUCGGCGGGAAAUCGACGGUCCAUCUUUAUUCAAACCGAGUCCACGCCCAAUCCUGAUGCUCUCAAAUUCCUUCCCAACCAACCUGUCCUGCCGGAAAACUUUCCCACGCCGUUUCUCGAGUACCUAUCGCCAAGAUCGACUCUGGCGCCGCCACACCCGUCACCGCUAGCAGCCAACCUGCUCAAUGUCGACGGAGUGUCGUCUGUGUUUUACGGACCUGACUUUAUCACGGUGACCAAAUCCAGCGACGCCAACUGGGCGCACAUCAAGCCGGAAGUUUUCAGUCUGAUCACCGAAGUUGUGUCCUCUGGAGAGCAGAUUGUGAACACGGUUGAGCGGACGGCUGGCGACGGUAGCCAGGAAGGUGGCCACGAGGAUACCUUGGGCUACAAUGAAGAUGACGAUGAAGUUGUUGGGAUGAUCAAGGAACUGCUGGAAACGCGCAUCCGACCGGCAAUCCAAGAAGACGGAGGCGACAUUGAGUUCCGCGGGUUUGAGGAUGGAAUCGUGAACUUGAAGUUGAGGGGAGCAUGCCGCACAUGCGACUCGAGCACAGUUACGCUGAAGAACGGCAUUGAGUCGAUGCUCAUGCACUAUAUUGAGGAGGUCCAAGGCGUGCAACAGAUUCUCGACCAGGAAGAGGAAAUCUCGAUGCACGAGUUUGCCAAAUUUGAGGAGAAGCUUCGACAGCAAAAAGGACCCGACGCUACUGCACCGUCAGCGCUGGAUUCGGCCGGAGCGUAG